GCCCGAGUGGAGUGGUUCUUCCCAAUCUCCUGUGACUCCAACAGCACUUGAAUACUGACAGAAAACCCUUUGCCGGUCAUCUGUCAGAAAAAUGAGAAUAAAUCAACCAUCCUAAAAGACUUCUUAAAAGGACUAGAUCAUACAUACACAGCACAAGCUCAGUGUUCUAAAGAGAAUAUACCUGUGAUGGAAGGUGCAAAUAUUCACUCAGUCAUAAAGAAUCCGCCAGACGUCGUCUCACUGGCAGCGUUACAUGAAGACGCUGAAACACUUAAAUUGGUUCCGGGCCAGAUGCAGGAAAUUAAUGGUUGCCUGAGUUCAAAUGAAUUCUUGUUGGAACCUCCCCUGCAAACAUGCUUUGCCCCUCAACCUCCAGCAGCUGCUGCUGUUAUCGCUGAACCAGCUGAGGCCACUGAUGAUGAGAGUGACCAGAUGGAUAAUCAAGCUGAUGACGUCUGUCUUCUUGAGUUCGAGACCAAAGAAUCUACAGCAGAUUGCGUCGCUCUGAAAAAAGUAGUGAGCAACCAUGAUGCCGAGCAAUCGUUGGCGAGCUCCACUCCAAUCGUUUUCAGAGUCUCAGAACAAUUUAAACCAAAAAUGAGACUUGACUUCAACAAAAGUGAAACAUUGGAACCUGCACCCAUGGAGAUUGAAAAAUGUCGAGCUACGAAUGUUGAACCAUCAACGUCAAAGGUUCAAAAUCAGAAGAAAUUGAAAUUUACGGAGCCGCCAUUUCACAUUUUACGAACCAACCCUGCUGUUUUGCCAGUGACAUCAAAACAGCUUGUCUCCAGCCCUAUAAAACCAAGCGACAACAAGUUUGAGUUUGAGAUCAACGAUGAUGAGAGCUUCUGCUUUGAGUCAUGGUUCAGAAAAGACAAGGUGGUAAAUAAGGAGCCAGAUAAAGAAAGAAAGAAGUCCGUCGUGAAUGAAAAAGAACUAGCAAAGAAAGGGAAAACAAGGAAAAAGGGAGCAGUACAGGAAAAGGUUGCUGUUCAACCCGGACUUCAUCCCACCGGGAAACAUUCCGGGAGCAAAAAAAGGAAAGCAAGUGAGGAUAAUAAUCCAGGAGCGACUCAGAAAGUACCAGCUAGCCGUCAGCUAAAUUACAACAAAAGAAACGAACAGCAGGAGAAAGAGGAGGAAGGAAAUGAACCCUUGCCCCGUUCAAAGCGUUUGCUAACUCCCAUCCGCACCACAAAAAUGGGAGAACGAAAAAGAGCAGAGCAGGGCAAAACAUCAGCUAUGGCUAUGACCAAAGUGGUGGAGGAACUGGAGGAAGAGCCUUCUUGUAGUGUUGAAGAGAAAGCAAACAAAGCUAAAAUAUCCCAAAAGACUCCUCAGAGGCUGCCGGCAUCUGGAAAUGUUGCAAAGGCAAGGUGUGGAAAACAACCUGGUACAGUUUCAGGUGAUUACGGUCCCAGUAACCGUGCACAGUCAAAGUCUAUUCCAUUAGCUGAAUCUGAAGCCUCAGAAGGCGGGAAUGAUGAUGAAAACGACCAAGUCGUUGAGCUGGAGAAUCGGAAAAAAUACGUAAUUUCUGGAAAAUCAUCUUCAACUCCUUCAAGAAAUCCAAUAACGAUUAAAUCAAAAAGACCUGCUGUUACGCCUCCACCAUCAAAACACACUGUUUUCAGGACUUCAACACCAAUGUUGAACGAAUCUGAGCGUGAGAUGUGGGAGGACCCCAAGAGCUCCUGCUCUGAGUUGCACGUCAGAAAAGGCAAGGUGAUAAGCAGGAAGCCGGUUAAGCAAGGAAAGAAUUCCAGCGUGCCUAAGAAGCGUGGAAGACCCCGAAAGCAUCCCCAAAAAACACCUGUGGCUAUGCCCGAAGUAGAGGAUCAGGAGGAAGAUCAGGAGAAUUUGCAGGAAGAGCCUCCUGUCUAUGUCGAGAAUGGUAGCCAAGCUAAAAACUCCAAAGCGUCUCUUAAGAGACCGUCUGCAUCUCGAGGGUCUAUAAAUUGCCCCACAGAAAGGUAUAAAAAAAGGUCUGGUAGACCUGGUAGUCCGGAUCCAAGUGCAGAAACCAGAACGCAAAAUACAAAACCAUCAGGUGAUUACGGUCCCAGUAACCGUGCACAGUCAAAGUCUAUUCCAUUAGCUGAAUCUGAAGCCUCAGAAGGCGGGAAUGAUGAUGAAAACGACCAAGUCGUUGAGCUGGAGAAUCGGAAAAAAUACGUAAUUUCUGGAAAAUCAUCUUCAGCCCUUUCAAGACAUCCAGUAACGAUCAAAUCAAAAAGACCUGCUGUUACGCCUCCACCAUCAAAACACACGGUUUUCAGGACUUCAACACCAAUAUCGAACGAAUCUGAGUGUGAGAUGUGGGAGGACCCCAAGAGCUCCUGCUCUGAAUCGCACGUCAGAAAAGGCAAGGUGAUAAGCAGGAAGCCGGUUAAGCAAGGAAAGAAUUCCAGCGUGCCUAAGAAGCGUGGAAGACCCCGAAAGCAUCCCGAAAAAACAGCUGUGGCUAUGCCCGAAGUACAGGAUCAGGAGAAAUUGCAGGAAGAGCCUCGUGUCUAUGUCAAGAAAGCAAACCAAGCUAAAAAAUUGAAAGAGACAAUUGAAAAUUCUAAGAGACAGUUGGCAUCUCGAGGGUCUGUAAAUUGUCCCACAGAUAGGUCUAAAAAAAGGUCUGGUAGAGCUCCAAGUGCAGAAACCAGAACGCAAAAUACAAAGACAUCAGCCAAAAUGAAACAAACGGACACAAAGAAAACUGAACGAACACAGUCGGGCUAUUUGACGAAACAGAUAAACCCUUCUGUCUUUCACGAAGACGAUUUCCACAGCAUAAGUGAUCUCCACCCUGACAGCGAUGAGACCUAUACAAUAUCUGGACGUCAUAUCAGACCCCCAAACCAGUGGUGGAAGGUAGCUCAGCAAGACUACAGUCCCCCUGUCUCCUCCCGAAGAGAAGCAAAGUCUUCACGUCAUUCCUCUUGGCUUCCUCCAUCACAAAACAAAAUAAAGCACAGGGCAGGAAAAUCCUCAGCACAGAAGACGAAGAUAUAUAACCUGUCUAAAAGAGAUUCAUCGAGUGCUCAAAUUAAAUCAGUGGUACCACAACCGCUUAGUUCAGAUGAGGAUGCUGAUUUCGCAGGGGAUGAGCUUGAUUAUGAUGACGAUUCUAUAUCUGUUUUUUACGAUAUCCAGUCCCAACCGGCGGUACAAUAUGAAAAUGAUACAAUAAGUGGGGCACUCACAGCGCAGAGCGGAAAGCAUCUAUUCAAGUCAUCAGUGCCACGAAAGCGUGCAUUUCCUGAGCUUGCGAAGGACCAGGAAAACCCCUCUGCUUUGUACCCAGCCACAAAAAGGCCAAAACGGUGUCCUCAGAGUCUUGACAAACUGAAUGAAAACCGUAUCAAGCAAUUGAAGAGGUUCAGCGCAUUUGAAAAACCUAUUGCAAUUUCUAGGCAAGCUAGGAAUCUCCUCUUGUCUUCAGCAUCCAAAACAAUGUCGAACGAAAUCUUUGAAACAUAUCCAGCAGCUUCCAGUAAUCCCAAUCCAAGAUAUACGAGUAUCCCUGCACAUGACGCAGUGUACGACAGUACAUCAAAGAGAUGGUUUUUAAAAACCACUGAAAGUGGACAGAAAGAUUCUGCGAGUCAGACAGAACCCUGGCAGAAUUUGAGGGAAACGAUAGAAGAUAGUGGUGAAUCAGGACUUAAUCCUGGUUCACGAGACGAGGAAGUUAAGCAGCAAAGAAUGAAUUUGUUCUUGUUGAAUGCAAGUGGACCUGGGCCAGCGAACCAGGCUUCAUAUCCCAACAGUGACCAUCACAUACUUCUGUCAGGGGGAACCUACACGGAGCAAACAUCUGAAAGUUAUGAAAAUACGUUCCAACAGCAAAAGCCUACUUCUGUAUGGAGCACAGAAGAAAACUGCGAAAUACUUCAAAACUGUGUUGGAAUUUCAGGAACGAAUGAUUUCGAAUAUCCCUUAAAGUUGGAUUACAAUGAGAACGAUACGUCGCUUGGUAUUUGCAAGGAUUUGGAUCUCGACACGUUUGCUUGCGGCAAACUGUUUCUGGGACCUUUCAGAGAGAAAGGCAUUCAGCGAGAGUGUGGAGACACCAUGUUAUUUUACAUUAUUCAAGGACAUAUUAAAGUCUCCAUCAACAACAACUUGUAUAAUCUCAGUCAAGGGGACUGUUUCUGUGUGCCCCCCGGUAAUCCCUACAAUAUUACAAAUUCUCUGAACUUCCCAGCAAUUCUUUUUUUCACCCAGUUGAAACAUCCGGAUGUGAAUCAAUAGCAAAACUAUUGGGUGGGGGUGGGGGAACAUUUUUGAGGAGCAGUUAUUGUGUCAUUACUAUAGUUUAUAUAUUUGUGCCUUAUUUUUCUGAAUUAAAAUAUUAAUUUUAUUUUGAGACAUUUUGGACUACUGUAAUUCUGUGUUUUUGCUAUAUGAACAAAGCUCUAAAGAAGUGUGAGCUGAUGUACAGCCUGAUAGACCUGCUCAUUUAUUAUAAAUGUCUUUCGUUUGUUAUUGGUUAAUUAAAGAAUAAAUGUUAUUGUUCAAAAAUAUCAUAAA